UCCUUCUCCUCCUCCUUCCCCCUGCCCAUCGUGACGUCACGACCGUUUAAAGCUAUCUCCUCUGAACGUCCUCCGGCCGCUCCUCACACCGCCGUCACUUUCCUCACACUCCUCGCCAAUGCUUCACACCAUCUCUGCCUUGUUGGGUGUGUGUCCCACGCGUGGGAAGCGGCACAAGAUUAAGGGCUUCACCUGAGAGCAGCCACUACCUGCCGUCCUCUGCGUGGAAGCCUGAAGGGGGGGCGGCGGGUGGGAGAUCAACACUUUCACGCAAACCUCAACUCUGGAGGAAGGAGCAAGAGAAGCCGGCGUGGCGAUAUGAAUGACUCGCUGGCGGCGAAUGACUCCUCGGCAAUGGAAGCUCUCCCGUGGAUGGAGGCGGAGAUGCCGGAACAUAAUGGCACCAUGGAGUUCUCCACCGCCCCCUUUGCGUUCCCGGUCAACCCGUGGGACAUCAUGCUGUGCAUGUCGGGUACCGUCAUCGCUUGCGAGAACGCCAUCGUGGUGGCCAUCAUCUUCUACACGCCCACGCUCAGGACUCCCAUGUUUGUGCUCAUCGGGAGCCUGGCCACGGCCGACCUGCUGGCCGGCAUGGGAUUAAUCCUCAACUUCGUCUUUCAGUACGUGAUCUCAUCCCAGACUGUGAGUCUUGUGACUGUGGGUUUCCUGGUGGCGUCUUUCACGGCGUCCAUUAUCAGCCUCUUGGCCAUCACGGUCGACCGCUACUUCUCCCUCUACAACGCCCUCACCUACUUCUCAGAGAAGACCCUUCAGUACGUGCACUUGAUGCUUCUCGGCACCUGGGGGGUGUCCCUGUUCCUGGGCCUGCUGCCGAUCCUGGGCUGGAACUGCCUGGAUGAGCCGUCCACCUGCAGCAUCGUGCGACCUUUGACCCGCAGCAACGUGACGCUGCUGGCCGUGUCCUUCUUCGCCAUCUUUGUGCUCAUGCUGACCCUCUACUUCAAGAUCUGCAAGAUCGUGUGCCGCCAUGCCCACCAGAUCGCCCUGCAGCAGCACUUCUUCGCCACCUCACACUACGUCGCCACCAAGAAGGGCGUGUCCACCUUGGCCAUUAUCUUGGGAACGUUCGGCGCCAGUUGGCUGCCCUUUGCCAUCUACUGCUUGGUGGGCGAGCGGGAGUACCCGUCGGUGUACACUUACGCCACGCUGCUGCCGGCCACCUACAACUCCAUGAUCAACCCCAUCAUCUACGCCUACAGAAACGCUGAGAUCCAGCGCUCCAUCUACAUUCUCCUCUGUGGCUGCUUUCAGCCCAACGCCGCCUACCGCUCCAGGUCGCCCAGUGAGGUAUGAAGCUGCCGGUGCUCUUCAAGGGGGCUCAGAACAAAGCAUCACGUGACUGACAGUGAAGACUUCACCAACACAUGCGUGGUCUCAUGCAUUCUCUGGUACCACUUUACAUUCAGGCCACGAUUUAUGAAUUCAUUCACAUUCCCCAAGUAGUAAUAUUACAAGUAAGUAUUCUGAAAAUGGUGACAAGAAAAGUCUUAAUGUUAUGAGAUUAAGUUGUAAUGUUGUGAGGUUAAAGGAAAACUGCACUUUUUAUAUAUAUAUACUAUAUAUAUAUUUUUUUUUAUUUUAUAUAUUGCCCAUCUUCCACAAUCCUUUUCUGUGUGUGUUCUAAAGAUAUAUAAACAGCUACAAAGAGGCAGCUAAGAAUGCAAGUAAUGUUAUGCACUUACAGUAUUUGGCCUAUAAAUCGUUCAAAAUUGCCAACAAUGCUUCAUUUACAUAAUUUGACCUUUUUAUUAACCAGUCUACAGCUACGAGAAACGAUUUUUUUCAGCGUUUGCGCCACAAAAAAAAUGGUCAGAGCACUUAUUUGGGGCAUUUAGCCUUCUCUUUCAUGCUCGGUGUUAGCAUACUAACAGUAGCAUACUAGCAUUUCUUGCUCUUUUUAUGGGUAGAUUUACAUAAACACUUACCGCUUUCAUGCUAGGUGUUAGCAUGCUAAAGUUAGCAUGCUAAUAUUAGCAUAAUAGCAUUUUUUUACCAGUUUUCAUGGGUAGACACAUAUGAACACUAUCAUGCUAGGUGAUAGCAUGCUAACAUUAGCAUGUUGACAUUUUAUAUCCUUAGAACACACAGAAAGGAUUGUGGAUGAUGGGCAAAAAGUCCUAAAAAGGUUUUCCUUUUAAGAUGUAGAAUUACAAGAAAAAAGCCUUUCAACAAAAUAUUUGAAGUAGAAGUUUGACAAUUUAAAAAAAAUCUUGUAACAUGAUGACUUUUUUCUCAUAGUAUUACAACUUAGAUCUCUUUUUAAAUAAAUAUAUCUACAAAACUCCCUGUAUGUAAAGUGGUACCCGUUCGGUAUCUGCACUUUAACGUGUCAGCCAACAUUCUGGAGGGAGAAAUGCUGUGAACAAGAAAAGUCUGUGGAAAAAAAAACAAACAAAAAAAAAGAAACAACUUGUGAAUGUACCUAAAAGAGAAAAGGAAUGGAAAACUUGCACUUUAUUCUAUGUUUUGUUUGUUGUUUUUAUUUGGAAAUGCCAAAGCAGUAUUGUAUUGUACAGCCCUUACUGUAUUGUGAACUGUGUGCCAUUUUUCUAUUUUGUAUUUGUUUUUUUUUGUUUUUUUUUGUCUUUGCUGUGUGUUUUCUACCAGAGAA